CAGUCUCGUGCGGCUCAGUGAGUUGCGCUCCUCGACUGCGUGUCGUCGGCAGGUGAGAACUCUGCUUUACUUUCUAUUAUUGUCCUGCUAAAAACGGCACCGACUUCAUUAGAGAACAGCGGUGUUCGGGAAUGGCAUUGGAGUUUGACUUAUCCAGUCGGAACUAGAAACAUCUUGACAGUAAGGGACAGCAAGUGAGGGGAACCACUGGCUGAGCUGGCCCUGUGCAAUGUAAUGCCAGGUGGGGCUACUGCUGCCACCUUCAUGCUAACAGAGAUGGAUUAUGAACAUCAUGUGAGCUCUGCAGAAAACUAAACCAUCAUCACUGAGCAGAGAUAAUGGACCCAAACUUCAGAUCCAAGAGGAAGGCUACAUCCUUGACCAAUCAACGUGAUUUUAGAUGAAACUAAACCACUACGAUGACCGUAUUAAUUCAACAGCUACCUGUUAAAAUGCUGACAGAAGUUUGCUGAACACCUUCGCCUCGGGAAUUAUUGGAGCGGCAGAGGAACAGUCAGCUUUGCCUCAGUCCAGUGGACAAGCUGUGCAUCUAUGGUUUCAUCUGCAGCCAUGGGGAAGGAACAGGACCUGCUGGUGGCGGUGAAGAACGGAGAUCUUCUGCAGGCUCACAAGCUCCUCUCUAAAGUCAAGUGCAACAAAACCAAGUUGCUGGGCUCCAACAAGAGACUCAACAUCAAUUACCAGGACUCAGACGGCUUCUCUGCUCUGCACCAUGCUGCUCUGUCGGGCACCACUGAGCUGCUGUCACUGCUGUUGGACUCCCAAGCCACGGUGGACAUCAAGGACAUCAACGGCAUGCGUCCUCUCCACUACGCGGCGUGGCAGGGAAAAUCCGACUCUGUUUUACUGCUGCUGAGAGGGGCGGCUUCAGUCAACGCUCCUUCCCAUGACGGACAGAUACCCUUACAUCUCUCUGCGCAGUACGGACAUUACGAGGUGUCUGAGAUGCUGCUGCAGCACCAGUCUAAUCCCUGCCUCAUGAACAAGGCGAAGAAGACUCCUCUGGAUUUGGCCUGCGAGUUUGGCCGACUCAAGGUGGCUCAGCUGCUGCUCAGCAGUAACAUGGUGCCAGCGCUCUUAGAAGGAGAGAGAGGGAACGACAGUCUGGAUUCCCCCUCCACCACUCCCCUCCACCUGGCAGCCAGGAAUGGACACAAAGACGUAAUCAAGUUGCUGCUUAAAGCCGGCAUCGACAUCAACAGAGCCACCAAAGCGGGGACCGCUCUGCAUGAGGCCGCCCUCUACGGCAAGACAGAAGUAGUGCGGCUGCUGCUCGAUGCAGGGAUCAACGUGAACCUGCGCAACACGUACAACCAGACAGCUCUGGAUAUCGUCAACCAGUUCACCACUUCCACAGCCAGCAGAGACAUCAAGCAGCUGCUUAGAGAAGCGUCCAGUUCCCUCCAAGUCAGAGCAGUGAAGGACUACUGGAAUCUCCACGACCCCACUGCGCUCAACCUGCGUGCUGGGGAGCUUAUUAUGGUCCUGGAGCAGCACUCAGACGGCCGCUGGAAAGGCCACAUCCAUGACAGUCAGCGGGGGACCGACAGGGUGGGCUUCUUCCCGCCUUCCGUGGUGGAGGUCCUCAGCAGGAGAGCAGGGGGCGCGCUCUCUCGCCAAGGCUCAAUGCCAUCCCAGAGACCACAUCCUGCAUCCAGACCUCCUCCAUCAGGCCCCGCCCCUCAGACAGAUGACUCAUACAUCCUGGGCUAUGACCCCGCAGGUGCUUCACCGGCCAGUCAGUUCUCAGCCCCAGCAACCCCCCCUCAGGACAUUUGGGUCCUAAGGAGCUCUCCCACUGGCGACAGGAACAGCGUUGGUAGCACAGGCAGUGUGGGCAGCAGCCGCAGCGCCGGCAGCGGCCAGAGCUCAGAGAGCGGCCGCAAGCAGAACGGGACUCACAUCCGCCACCAUGCUGACGCUGGCAAGGUGGCUCCCUCUGCAGGUGAAACUAGAGAACAGGUCCACAGCACAGCAGCUGACCAAAGAAAUGGUGGUUCUCGCCGACAGGCCAACAGCACUCCUCAGAAAGGCUUCAUCAGACCAGAACAGCUUCUGGAGGGCAAGGACUCUGAAGCCAUCUACCAGUGGUUGUGUGAGUUCCAGUUGGAGCAGUACACUUCCAACUUCAUCAGAGCGGGAUACGAUGUACCUACCAUCAGCAGGAUGACUCCUGAGGAUCUCACUGCUAUUGGCGUGACCAAGCCGGGCCACAGAAAGAAGAUCUCAUCAGAGAUUAGCAAGCUGAGCAUCCCUGAAUGGCUGCCAGAUUACAUUCCCUCGGACUUGGGGGAGUGGCUAAGCGUGAUUGGGCUGCCUCAGUACCAAAAGAGAUUGUGUGACAAUGGCUACGACUCCAUUGCGAUCGUGAAGGACAUCACCUGGGAGGACCUACAAGAAAUAGGAAUCACCAAACUGGGUCAUCAGAAAAAGCUAAUGUUGGCUGUGAAACGACUCUGUGACCUCCAGCGCUCUCGUAAUCAAGUUGAUAAGACAGGAGAGGGAACUCUCAGGAGAAAGCCACAGGCUGCGCUAGAGCUGGUGGCUAUCGAAAACACACCAACGCACAUCGUCCACUCUCAUGGACACUCUGAUGCCCCAUCUGAAAACUGCUGCCCUUCCCCUCGCACCCCCAGGGCUCUCCUCUCCUUUCAGGACUGCGAGCUGAGUGCAGAGCUGCAGAGCGCUAUGAAGGGCAAGGUGGGAGGAUCGGCGUCAGAGGCUUUCGGCAUGAGAGGAGUGCCCCCCUCUGCUGUUAUAGCUGCCAUGUCUGUCAGUCAAGAAAGCAUAAGCAGGCGUUCGCGGGGCUCAGGGAGGUCGGGAAAUUCAAAUUCGGGAAAUUCCCAUGAUCACCAAACGACACCGUGUUCUAGCAGAACGUCUAGUAGGCCUGAGGAGAAACUGGGUACGGGGGGAGUGGAGGAGGCCAAGAACAGCCAAAGCAGCCCUGGCGAUAGAAGUAAGCAGAUGUCUGCUGAGAUGUGGGACCAUCAGAGUUGGGCUGGUGUCCCAGAGGAACACCCUUUCUCCACCAUAACUCCUCCGCUAACCCCGAGCAAGAUGCCCCGCUUUGCUUGCCCCGCAGUUCCGCCCAAGUCCAAACACCUGCAGUCCCCCAACCGCCUCUAUCAACCUAAGUACCUCCCCCACCACCAGCCUCCCUCUUCUCCAUCAUCGCCAUCCCCACAACCCUCUCCCACAAAGAAGUACUUCAAUCACCUGCAGGCUCAAGCAGGAGCUAUCAACUGCCCUCCACGAGUACUUUCUAAACCCCUGCCUGGAGCCAUCCCCGUGCUUAGACCCCCACCCACACAGGUCCAAGGGGACGACACUCAGAGAGGGUCACAAAAUAAGCGCAGCCAAAGUUUGACUCGCUACGCUCUGUCCGACGGAGAGCCAGAUGAAGACGAUGACCUCCCUCUUCCCUCUUCCUCAGCUUCUUCCAUAACCAUGCCACCCUACGCCACGCUGUCUCGCAGGCCGGGACGUGCCUCCGGACCCCAACGUCAAGUCAACCGCAGCCACUCCUUCGCUGUGCGCUCUCGACACAAAGGUCCGCCUCCACCGCCACCCAAGCGGAUGAGCUCAGUGAGUGGCAGUCCCACAAGACAGAAUAGCGAGUCAGCCAGCAAGGCGGCAGAGCCAGAGUUGAAGGCUGGGGUGGAGACAGAUAGUGCAGGCAGUGUGAGGAGCAUCGCUGCCAAGCUAGAAGGCAGCAGCAGUUGCAGCAGCCCAUCGAGGAGGAUAGACAUACCACCGACCUGUGUUCAUGUUUCACCUGUUCUGAGCCCAGUUUCCUCACCAAUCUCUUAUGGGUUACCAUCGCAUAUUAUUCUACAGCAUUCCAAACCUGUCCCUGCUUUGGGUUUGGGAGGUUUAAGGAGGGUAGGAAGUGAGAGGACAGAAAGCAAUACUGACAGACUCAGAGGUGGAAGUACAGAGGAAAUGAUUGAAGAGAAACUGAAAGCAAGAAAAAGUGAUAAACUAUCAAGGAGUUCUGUGUCACCAAAGACCAAUUCUGGGAACCAUCUACCUUUCGCCGAAGAAGGCAACCUUACUAUCAAACAACGACCCAGGAUAGCCAUUGUUACCCAGGCAGACACAGACACUAGGUCUCCAACAGACGGUCCAGUUCAGACCCAAAACAGCUUGGAGCCUCCGGAGUUCAACCUGAAAGAGUCUGAUACUGUAAAAAGACGGCACAAACCCAAAGACAAAGGUGCUUCCACACCAGAAGAGGCUACUACUCCCAACCAAGAGGAAAACCACCUGCUGGUUACCAGUCCACACACACAUGUUGAAGUCAGAGGUGUAAAUAAAGGAGAGGCAGAGACACCAGGGAAUGUUUUCCUUAGAGUUGGCUCUGUGGGCAAAGGGUCAAAACCUACUGUGUCCUCAAAACCUUCCACUCCUCUAAAACAAACUCCUAACGGCAGUCUAGUGAGCCCUCAAAAAAUCGAUCUGACGGCUCAGGUUACCGCGCAAACAGCCAUUCCAGAUUUGACCAAUGUGCAGAUACACACUGUCUCUCCAAAACUGAGCGGCAGCUUUCACAUUCAGACAAGCAUGCAGAGCCCUAAGCCCGUUACGCAUUUACAGACAGUUGGGUCCAAGCCGGACUGUCCGCAGAAAGCCACUGCUCCGCCUGCAUCAAGGUUCUCCCCGUCCAACGCAACACCCAUUUCAACAGGAGGAACAAAUCUCCAGAUAAUCCAAAGCGUCUGUUUUCCUGCUCCAUCCUCCAUGACACUGAGUUCCUACUCCCCUAACUCGGCCUCGUCAGGUCAGUCAAGGAAAUCGGGGGGAUCUCUGUCUGGUGUAGCAGGUCUGGAGGUUCUGGCCCAGAAGAGACUGGAACAAACCAGUACGUCACUAGAGGCUGCUCUCAAAGUGGUGGAAAACGAACUCGCACAUGGCAGCACUGUGGAUGGCUGCAGUAGCAGCAGUUCGGUGAAGGCAGCUGGGAAUAUUCUUGACGACAUCGGCAACAUGUUUGACGACCUGGCGGACCAGCUGGAUGCCAUGUUGGAGUGACGCCAUGUUGGAGUGACGCCAUGUUGGAGUGACUCCAUGUUGGAGUGACGCCAUGUUGGAGUGACGCCAUGUUGGAGUGACGCCAUGUUGGAGUGACGCCCUGGUCUACCUGCUUCUUCCAAAACCAGCCACAGACGAAACGGCUGAAACUCUGUACCUGUGGUGCACCUUGGACAUUCAGAUUCCUCUUCCUCAGGCCCUCUGGAUGGAUCAGUGAGGGGCCCAUCUGUGGAUUUUCCACCACAAUAUUGUCCUGUUUCUUUUUUUUUUUUUCCUUUUUAAUUUUAAACCCAAGCACUUGGCCUCAGGAUACACACAUCUGGGAAUGUUCCUGGAUGGACAACAAACAGUAGCAUGAAAGAUCAGCCUGUAGAUUUCUGCUCGGUGUGCGAUGACUUGAGGCAAGAGCUGGUCCAUCGUACAUGUAAAUACAGAGAAAAAUCUGAUGGUGGCGCUCUGUCACAUCUCUCUCUAUAUGGAAUAUUUUAACCUAGAGUUAUAUUUAUACUGGUAAUGUUUUCUUUUUUUUGAACAAUAAUGACUGAAUUAGUGUACAUAGUUAUAUGUAUAUUUUGCAGCUUUAUGCCAGUAACAAGUUCGAUGUAUUGAAAAAAAAGCUACUUUCAACAUGUUUUCACCAAACUGUCAGUGAACAAAUCACUGGACUUCUCUGAACUGACAGCUGGGAUUAGUCACAGCUCGCUUCAGGGUGCUAAGACGAGAACGCGCUGCUAACCAGCAGCUUCCAAAGAAACGGGUAACACCCGUGUGUUACUUCUUCUUACAUUUCAGCAGAGGUCAGCGUGUUUCUUGGCAGGCAGGGGAUGUUCUGCGUUUAACAAAAACAGCACACUGUGGGAGUCUGUGAACCUCCCACAGUGUGGAUUGUGACUAAAUUAUUUUAAUAGAGAAAAACGUUUUGCUUUCUUAUAAGUAAGAUGUUCAGUGUUGUGUACGCUGAGAUUUUUCCGAGUAAAAUAGUUUCCUCAAA